AUGGAUUCUGCUGAUACAGCGUGUUCUUCUGUCAAGAUCUGUCUUGUACCACUUGCUGCUUUGAACUUGUCCAAACAAAUCACAGAAGAAUUACUUUGUCAGUUUUUCAGCUUCAUCGGACCUAUUGUUAGUAUCAGCUUGCAGCCAUGUGAGGCAAAUCCAUUAGUUCAAGAAUCGCUUGUUCAGUUUCAAGAUUCUGAAGAUGCUGCCUUGGCAUUGCAUCUUACAGGAACAGUGCUGGCCGAUAAAGCUCUUUUUAUCACUCCUCCAUCUGCCAAGAUCCAAUCUUUCAAUAGUCAUGGCUAUUUAAAUAUUCCUCCGCCCAAUCCAACAGCUCCUGGUGUACUUGUGCCGGGCAGCAUGGCUGGAAGCACUAUUGUUCCAUACGGACAAACAGCUACCAUUGCUGGACAGGAUAGCGUUGAUCGCACAAUUUAUACUGGUAACAUUCAUUCUGGAUUAUCACAGCAAGAAGUGAGCAUGCUUUUCUCUAGCUGUGGUGAUGUCACGCAGGUUAAAAUGGCUGGAGAUGCAACGCACUCGACCCGCUAUGCUUUUAUUGAGUUUGCAACAUCCGAGUCAGCAGCCAUGGCUCUUAAUCUACACGGCAUGAUGGUUGCUGGCAGGGCAAUCAAAGUAAACCGAUCAAAACACUCUAUCGGUCGACCCAUUGGGAUGUAUCCAGGUAUGUUUAGACCCGAUACAGACAUGGUCAUGAAGCAAGCUAUGCAAGCACAAAUGCGAAUGGGGCACUCGUUUUCUGGAGAUGCACGCAGUGCUGGAAAGUUUCCAAUUAUACCUGGUACACCAGGCAUGAUGGCUAUUGCUGCAGCUGCAAACGUACCCCCUGGAACAAAUGUGAUGCCACCCAUGACAUCGUAUCUGUCUGCCAUGCAUGCACCUAAUCCGUUGGCCAAUAUAAAUGCUGCCGCGACAAGUACUGCUGCACGUACAAGCCAGGAAAAAUCUUCACGAGGACGCACUUUUUCUCGGGAGCGUGGCCGUGACCGACAUGAGUCUAUUUCACCCGAAUCAUCCAGUCGUCGAAAAAGUGCAAGACGUCGGUCGUAUUCACGAUCUCCAGCUACUUCUCGUUCUAGAUCUGUAUCACCUCGUCCUAAAGAUUCUCGGCGUGCUAAAGACAAAUCAAGGGAUCGAUCGCAUGCAAUGGACCGACCUCGUCAGCGUGAUCGAUCUCGUCAACGUGAUCGUAGCAGAGAUCAUGGGCGUAACCGAUCUCGUCUUCGUUCUCGGGAUAGGGAUCGAUCUCGGGAUAGAGCGAGUGGCCGUGACAGAUAUCGGGAGCGAGACCGGGACAUGGAUCGAUCCAAAGACAGAUCAAGGGAUAGGUCUCGCGAUCGUAGAGUAGAACAGAGUUCACGCAAUCGGAACCGCACACGCAAUUCUAGCACAAGUAGAAGGGUCAGGGGAGAUAGUCGUUCCAGAUCCCUAGCAGCAGGAGCAAAAGCGGGAGGUAGUUUUGGAGAUUUACGAGCUAUUUUGAAUGCCAAGCACGAUGGUGAUAAACGAAGUGGAAGCCAGCGUACUAGUCAGGAUCAUGGUGUUGUUUCGGUUUCCGGAGAGCACGAGGAUAAGCCCGAUGCACCCAUUCCAAGCAAGGAUCUUGAUACGGAUAUGCAGAUUGAUAGCGGCGACUAUUCGGCUUAGGCUAUACACAGAUUUGUAUUAUGAUGAAUUUCUUUGACACUCUCAUUAUACGACUCGAGGCAUUCAUUGUGCUCAAUACACGUGCUCAUCUGUUAUCUACACUAUAUGAAGAAUGAUUUCCUGUAGUAGGCUUAGAGUAUGGAUAGCAGCAAUAUAUAGUCCAAAUCAAAGAG